GGCUCCGGGUUUAACCCGCAUCUUCCUGGGUUCAAGCACAGGAUCCUUGCCACGACGCUGGGCGCGACGAUGUGGUUCUUCAUCUUCUACCGAGCACGGAAGGAUGGUGCUAAGCUCCUGGGUCUCAAGCACCCAUGGGAUGGCCACGAGCACGAUCACCAUGGCCAUGAAGCCGGGCAUGAAGAACACCAUUAG